AUGUCUGACGACGAGGAUUUUAUGCAGGAUUCGGAUCAGGAUGGAUAUGACUUCGAGUACGAGGAAGACGAUGACGAGGAAACCGGAGAUGUCGACAUUGAGAACAAAUAUUACAAUGCCAAGCAGAUGAAGGCAUCAGACCCGGACGCCGCCAUCGAAGAGUUUCUUGGAGUCCCAACUCUGGAAUCAGAAAAAGGUGACUGGGGAUUUAAAGGCCUGAAGCAGGCGAUCAAGCUGGAGUUCAAGCUUGGAAAAUACGACAAGGCCGUUGAACAUUAUAGCGAACUCCUUACCUAUGUCAAGAGUGCUGUCACGCGGAACUAUUCCGAAAAGUCUAUCAAUAAUAUCCUGGAUUUCAUAGAGAAGGGCUCUGAGGAUGAGAAAGCUGGCCAUUGCAUGGAAGAGUUCUAUUCACAAACCCUGCAGUCUUUCCAAAGUACCAACAACGAGCGCUUGUGGCUGAAGACUAACAUUAAGCUUGCUAAGCUGUUUCUUGACCGGAAAGAGUAUGGACCGGUUACGAAGAAGAUCCGAGAAUUACACAAGGCAUGUGAAAGGGAAGAUGGUACAGAUGACCCGAGCAAAGGUACCUACUCGUUAGAGAUCUAUGCUCUGGAGAUCCAAAUGUACGCCGAGACGAAGAAUAAUAAGCAGCUUAAGCGACUGUAUGAGCGUGCUCUCAAGGUCCGGUCAGCUGUACCACAUCCAAAGAUUAUGGGCAUCAUUCGCGAAUGCGGUGGCAAGAUGCACAUGAGCGAGGAGAACUGGAAGGACGCGCAGAGCGAUUUCUUCGAAUCUUUCCGCAACUACGACGAAGCUGGUUCACUGCAACGUAUUCAAGUUCUCAAGUAUCUUGUUCUGACUACCAUGUUGAUGAAGUCUGACAUAAAUCCCUUCGAGUCUCAGGAGACGAAGCCGUACAAAAAUGACUCGCGAAUUGCGGCAAUGACUGAACUUGUCGAUGCUUACCAACGAGAUGAUAUCCAUCAGUACGAGUCAGUAUUGAAGAACAACAGGGACUUGAUGUCGGAUCCCUUCAUCGCCGAGAACAUCGACGAGGUCACUCGAAACAUGCGGACUAAGGCAGUGCUAAAGUUAAUCGCACCGUACACAAGAUUCAACCUUGCAUUCAUCGGAAAAGCCCUAAAAAUCCCAGUCUCAGAGGUCCAAGAUAUCCUAGGCUUCUUGAUCGUGGACAAGAAAGUCAAGGGCAAGAUCAAUCAGCAAGACGGGACCGUCGAGAUCGAGGAUAAUAGCGAUGCGGAUCGCCUCCGAGCUAUGCAGCAAUGGACCUCAGCAAUUGGAUCUCUGUACCAGACCGUAUUCGCCGACGGCGAAGGAUUUAAGACGACCGAUAACUUGUCGGGAGCAGGCGACGAUAGCACCGGCAACAACAUGAUGAUGAACUUAGGAGCCAUGCCCCAUGGCGGCGGUAGUAGGGGCGACAGUAGAUCGUGGGGCGGGCACAAAAACAACAAGUCCAAGGGCAAGAAAGGUUCAUCGUUCUUUUAG